AUGGGCGAUCCGGGGAGCGGAGGAAGGCGGGCCUGUCCCCUGCGGCUCACACGGGCCCUACUUCUGCUGGGGGUGUGCUGGGUGUCCCCCUCGCUCGGCCACAGCCAGCUGGACCUGCUGGCUCUCGACCGGGCCGACCCCCAGUGCUGGGAAUCCUCCUCGGUCAUCCUGCUGGAGAUGAGGAAGCCGCGCAUCUCGGACACCGUGACGGGCUUCUGGGACUUUAUGAUCUACCUGAAGUCCUCCGAGAACUUGAAGCACGGGGCUCUGUUUUGGGAUCUGGCCCAGCUGUUCUGGGACAUCUAUGUAGACUGCGUGAUCUCCCGGACCCACGGCCUGGGACGGAGGCAGCUGGAUGGAGGCGAGGAAGAGAAGAUCACGGCGCUGCAUUCCCAGACCACAGGCGGUAGGCGAGGGACUUAUUCUCAGUUCCCGAGAACACCGCUGCUGAAGAAGAAAGAGCUGAUAGAAGAUUUAAUAAGCAUCCACGUUCUCAAGAGUGGAUCUAGGUUGGUUGGAAGAGUUACCAGCCUGAAGAGAAAAUAAAGCCCAGUCCCGAGGGUUUUG